GAAAGGUACUUCCUACACAUCCUCUCCUUCACUCAAACUUUUUCCCCCCCUCUCCAUUACCGCAGUCAGGACAGUGCCGGCCACUUCUCCCGAGCGAACCUCAUAUCUCGUUCCUCGAUUCGAGCUCGGAGAGCGAUCUGUAACCAUGAACCGCGACAGCAAUAACAAGCAAGCCGUCCAGCUCAGUGGCGAGGAGAUUGCAAAGCACAACAGCAGGGAGUCUUGCUGGGUCAUCAUCCACGGGAAAGCAUACGAUGUCACAGAGUUCCUACCAGAACAUCCCGGCGGCCCCAAGAUCAUCCUCAAGUACGCCGGCAAAGAUGCAACGGAGGAAUACGAGCCCAUCCACCCGCCCGACACGCUCGACAAGUACCUCGACAAGAGCAAGCAUCUCGGUGAGGUGAAUAUGCAGACGGUGGAGAAGGAGGAGAAGGAGGUGGAUCCGGACGAGGUGGAGAGGCAGAAGCGGAUCAAGGUCAUGCCGAUUUUGGAGCAGUGUUAUAAUUUGAUGGAUUUUGAGGCGGUGGCUAGGACGGUUAUGAAGAAGACGGCGUGGGCAUACUAUUCGAGCGGUGCGGACGAUGAAAUUACAAUGAGGGAAAACCACAGCGCGUUCCACAAGAUCUGGUUCCGACCCCGAAUCCUUCAGGACGUCGAGCACAUCGACUGCUCCACCACCAUGCUCGGAACAAAAGUCGACAUCCCCUUCUACGUAACGGCCACCGCACUCGGCAAGUUAGGUAACCCGGAAGGUGAAGUGGUCCUCACCCGCGCCGCGAAGAAGCACAACGUAAUUCAAAUGAUUCCGACCCUAGCCUCCUGCUCGUUUGACGAAAUCGUCGACGCCAAGCAAGGAGACCAAGUCCAAUGGCUGCAACUCUACGUCAACAAAAACCGCGACAUCACCAAGCGUAUCGUCGAGCACGCCGAGAAGCGCGGCUGCAAAGGCCUGUUCAUCACCGUCGACGCACCUCAACUCGGCCGGCGCGAGAAGGACAUGCGGUCGAAGUUCUCAGACGUUGGGUCGAAUGUGCAGAACACGGGUGGUGACUCGGUCGAUCGAUCUCAGGGUGCUGCACGCGCGAUUUCGUCAUUCAUCGAUCCGGCGUUGCAGUGGAGCGAUCUUCCCUGGUUCUUGUCCAUCACGAAGAUGCCCAUCAUCCUCAAGGGCGUGCAGCGCGUGGAAGAUGUCAUUCGCGCAGUGGCAGCCGGCGUGCACGGCGUGGUACUCUCCAACCACGGCGGUCGCCAGCUGGACUUUGCCAGAUCAGGAGUGGAAGUGCUCGCGGAGGUGAUGCCCGAGCUACGACGACUGGGUCUCGAGAACCGAAUCGAAGUCUACAUCGAUGGCGGAAUCCGACGAGCAACGGACAUCAUCAAGGCGCUAUGCUUGGGCGCCAAGGGCGUGGGCAUCGGCCGACCGUUCUUGUACGCCAUGUCCGCGUACGGCCAGGCGGGCGUGGAUCGUGCGAUGCAGUUGUUGAAGGACGAGAUGGAGAUGAAUAUGCGGUUGAUUGGGUGCAAUGAUGUGAGUCAAUUGGGACCGGAGUUCUUGGAUACGAGGGGUUUGAGCAUGCACACCACAUCUGUGGCGGCGGACACGUUGAGCUUGAAUGUGUAUGAUCCGUUGGUGGGACCGAAGAUUACGGCGAAGUUGUAG